UCAGAAAGAAGCACACGAUAUAAACCAAGAACUAUUCACAGAAUAUGCUUUAACCGUUGAUCAACUUCUGGAGUUGUCGGGAUAUAGUUGCGCUGUUGCUAUAGCAACUUGUUAUCCAGUGGAAGUGAUGUCACGAGAAAAUCGUGCUGUUCUUGUUUGUUGUGGACCGGGCCAUAAUGGCGGAGAUGGGCUUGUGUGUGCCAGACAUCUGAAAAUGUUUGGAUAUAAGCCGACUUUAUUUUAUCCACGGAGAGCAAACAAGCCUUUGUUUAAGAGACUGUUUAGACAGUGUGAAAGCUUAGACAUUCCUCUUCUGUCAUUUUUUCCGUCUGAACCAAAUCUAAUCACAGACUCGUAUAACUUUGUUGUCGAUGCAUUGUUUGGAUUAGGCUUUAAAGCUCCUAUUAAACCAGAAAUGGAAUCUGUUAUUGAAACCUUAAAGAAAAUUGAAUUACCCAUCUGCAGUAUAGAUAUUCCCUCUGGUAAUGAUCUUGUAUACUUAUUGUUCCAAAGAUGGGAUAUUGAGACAGGCGAUGAAAAUGGACUGAAACCAGAGAUGCUUAUCUCCCUCACCGCUCCUAAAAUGUGUGCGAAGUUGUUCAAAGGCAAACAUCACUUUCUUGGAGGACGUUUUGUGCCAAAAACACUUGAACAGAAAAACGAGUUAAAUUUACCGGUGUACUCGGGCUCUGACUGUAUUGUUGAAAUCAAAGUUGGAAAUGAAGAAACCGAGUACCAAGAGGAAAAUGACACCACUUGA